CUUCAGUACGCGAGUGAUAAUCUGAAAGCCAACCGCGAUAUCGUUCUUGCGGCAGUCAGACAAAAUCCGAUGGCCCUGAAACACGCGAGUGAAAACCUGAAAGGCGACUUCGAUAUUGUUCUUGCGGCGGUGCACCCCUAUGGGGUGGCGCUUCAGUACGCGAGUGAUAAGCUGAAAGCGGAAUUCCAAAUUGUUCUUGCGGCAGUGCAAGCAAAUGGGGAGGCGCUUCAGUACGCGAGUGAAGAUCUGCAAGAUAACUUCGCGAUCGUUUAUGCGGCAGUGCAGACAACUGAGAGGGCGCUUGAGUACGCGAGUAAACGUCUACAAAAGGACCGCGAGAUUUUUUUGGCGGCCCAAAGUAGCUUUUUCGGGAUAUAACUGCGCGAGCACUACGCUGCGAAGAGGUCCCGAGAUCCUUUCUGCGAGACGCUUCGGGCAAUUAGGGGAGAGCGUGUUGGCCGCGUAGUUGUAUCUCAAAGGUUAUAGCCGAAACCUCAAAGAUAAGCUGCUGGCUCUGAUCCAUGCUAGUGUGUGAGAAGGAGAGAUAGUGCAAUUGUAUAGUAUCGUUUCGCCGGCAGGGGGGAUGCCAAUCAAGGAAACGAAAUAGCUUCCCACUUAGUCCUCGUUUAAUAUGAAGUUCUUUGUUGUAGAAGGUGAAAGAUGAGUUCUUAGACCUUCGUAGAAUCUACGACGUUCUUUGCGAUUACAGAGAGGAGACGAUGAAGCACACUUCCAAACAAUCCGGAAAGUAGAAUUAUAGGAGGCCUUUUGACUGAUCUAAAAAAAAGAAGCGCAAUGAUGUAGAAAAAAGAGAAGC